AUGUUCGGCUUCGGCGCAUUCAGAGCGACGAGUCCGCUCUCCAGCGGUCUGCUGUGGAAGAUCCCAUGGCGCCUGUCUAAGUUCCAGAAGACCAGACAACGAAGAAGACUGCGGGCCGUCGACUCGGUCGUCGCGACGCUGGACGCGGCGCUGGCCAAGCGCGGGGAGUCCCUCAAGAGCCUCGAGGUCUGGAAGCAGGAGAUGCCCACCGAGGCCGAGAUGCUGCCCAGGGACAAGUACACCAUGUUCGACCGCAAGGAGAAGAGGUAUAGGAAGGGUAUUCACAAGCUGCCAAAGUGGACCAGAGUAUCGCAAAGACUCAACCCUCCUGGUUACUAA